AUGGAGCGUGAAGAUAUGCCGAGUAUCCUCAAUGAAGAACUCGUGAGGGUGAACACAAAAUUGAAAGAGCUGGCAGAAGAAGUGAAGAUCGAUACGGAUGAUUGGCGAUGGAUACUCAACGAUCACGAACAUGAAUUCGAAUUCAUGAAUGAAAAAUUAAACAGCCUCCAAGAAAAUUUGAAGAGGAAAGAUGAAGAAACUCACCAUCUUCGUGCGAUUUGGGAAAAGACGAGGACUGACGUCAGGGGCACGAUACUCGAUGACGAAAUGGAGAAGAUGACGGAAAAGUUGAAGAGUCUCGAAGCAGAGGUGAAGCAAAGGGAUGAAAAGAUCACGGUUCUCGAAGAGGAAUUGUACAUGAGGGACGAAGAAAUCUUGAAUGCAAAAGUCGUGUUACUCAAGAUUUAUCCCCAGCUGAAUUUGGAUGACAAUUUGGAUGACGAAUCUGACAUUGACCGAAGAGAGAUGGGACUUCUAAAUCUUGAGGACUUUAGUGUUCUUUUCCCCAGUUUCAGUUAUGAUGAUGAAGAAGCUCAGAUGCAUUACAUGCAAUGGGCGAUGUCAGUGGAUGAUGAGCAGCUAGCGCAGCUCAGAACAGACUACGGGGAAAAUUUUUAUCAUAGGUUUCGAAAAGUUUUGCUCGAGAUCAAAGUGGGGUUAAGACACAAAGUUUCGUUGAAGCCGUGGAACUUCUCCGAGAGGAGAGAGGCUACCAUAUGGGAAUUGUUGCUUCGGAUUCCAGAUAUAGCCCCAAUUUUACAGAAACGCCGUGAAUCGUAA